AUGCGUCUCAUCACCACCCUCCUCCUCUUCCUGCUCCUGCAGUCAGUUGAGCCCCGGAGAGGCCCUAGGUCUGGGUCUAGAGAGAGGGGCGCCGGGGGCCGUGUAAGAGGCAGAGGCCGGGCCAGGAUCAUGAGGCGUCAAACUGAGGAGUGUAAGGAGUACAUGGAGGCAGGAGAGAAGUACCUGGACUGCCAAGACAGGCAGCUGACCACCGUGAUGCAAAACUGGCCCAAAGAUAUUCACCACCUGCUGCUGGCCAGAAAUAAGAUUCAGGUUUUGAGGGACAACAUGUUCUCCCAGUUCACCCGACUGAGGAGUCUGGACCUCCAACAGAACGACAUCUCCAGGGUAGAGGAUCAAGCAUUCAGCGGCCUGUCCCAGCUCACCACCCUGCUCCUCCAGCACAACAAACUGAGAACAGCCACUGAGGAGGUCCUGCUUCCUUUGCCCCGACUCACCUACCUCCGUCUCUAUGACAACCCUUGGAGCUGUCGAUGCUCAUUGGAGAGCCUGAUCACAACACUGCAGGUGCCUAGCAAUCGUAACCUGGGCAACUACGCCAAAUGUGCGGAGCCCGAUUUGCUGAGGGGCCAGAAACUGAGGAGGGUGAUCGCGGAAUCGCUGUGUGACAACCAGGUGGACAUCGGCCCGGGGGGGUCGAAGCCUCCACCAAUCAAAGUGAAGCCAGACGCUACGUCCAUGUGCCACACCUACAUUAUCCCUAAACCUCGGCUGGACUGCAGCAACAGAGAUUUGAAUCACGUCCCAUCCGACUUGCCGCCUGACAUAGUGAAGAUGGAUCUGUCCCAUAAUCGCGUCACACAUCUCAGGCCCAAGCAGUUCUUGCUGUCCAAAGACCUCAAGCUACUUAACCUUAGCAGCAACAACUUGCAGCAUAUAGACAAAGCCGCAUUCGCAGGCCAGCUGUACCUCUAUGAGCUCGACCUGUCAAACAACAGCCUUCAUUUCUUCCAGUACGGUGUGCUUGAGGACCUCUACUUUCUCCGGAAGCUCACACUGGACAAUAACCCCUGGAUCUGCGACUACAACAUCCAUUACUUGAUCUACUGGCUCAAGCACCAUCCUGGCGUCACCUACACCGGCCUGGUCUGCUCCGAGCCACCGGAGUUCCAGGGCUGGCGCGUCACGGAUUAUGUGAAGACCUACAAUGGGGAAUGUCCCAAGGAUAACCAUAUAGGAGAGACGGAUACAGGACAGGAAGGGCAGGGGGGACAAGGAGGAAUGGAAAAUGAAGCACAUGUGAUGGAGGAGAUGGCUGAGGGGGUCCUGCCGAGGCCCCUGAGGGAAAGGAAGCCGAAUAAGAUCGAGAUCAUCAGGCUGAGUUAGAAUGGAGGUAGUUCUGUGGAUCGUUAUGUUUAGUGUGAAGGGAAAUUUACACAAGAGGAUGGUGUGUUGGACUAAAAUGAAGGUCCGUGGACAUGCUGAAGAAUGGAUUAAUAAAGGUAGACUCAGUGAUUUUAUAUGUUGAAAUGCCACUGUGACCAAUACGUAGUACAAUUCUGGGAUAAUUAUUCAAGUGUAAGUCUUUUUUGUAUUUAUCCUUUUCCAUCUUGUGUGGAUAACAAAAUGAGUUCAUUUUCCUAAGAGAUACUCAGAAUAAAUGUCAUAUUACUGAGUUUACCUUUAAACAUUGAUUUAGGAGAUGGCAUUUGGGUUUUUGUAUUAUCCUUUGGCAAAACAUCCCCAAUCCAAUCUGUAUCAGAUCUAGUAUAACCCCCCAGCAUCCUUACAGCCCCAAAACAAAAUUCUUUCUAAGUUUGACUGUCGGUGCUCUUUUUUUCUGUUAGUCAUUCUGACAUUUUGUUUAGGCUAUACUUAGUUUUUGGUAUUUUUUGUGU